UCUUCUUAACAUAAAUCUAUCAUAUACAUCAGCUGUGAAAGGAAAUCAAAAGAAGCAAAGAAAAUGUCUCUGGUGACAGAUGAGAUCAGAGCGAGCGCAACGGAGUUCUACAAAGGAAAUGAGAUCUGCCAAGAGAAAUCAAAGUUCUUGCUGAGCGAAGUGGGGAUGCCGAGGGGGCUUCUGCCCAUGGAAGACAUGGAAGAGUGUGGGUAUGUGAAGGAGACCGGGUUUGUGUGGCUGAGAGCGAAGAAGAAGACGGAGCACAAGUUUGAGCAGAUAGGGAAGCUGGUGCAGUACGCGGCGGAGGUGACGGCGUACGUGGAGCCCAAGAAGAUCAAGAAGUUGACCGGAGUGAAGGCCAAGGAGCUGAUGCUGUGGGUGACCAUCAGUGAGAUUUGCCUGGAUGAUCCCCCCACUGGAAAGAUCCACUUCAAGAACCCCAUCGGCAUCGCCAAGACGUUCCCCGUCUCGGCUUUCGAGCUGCCCGAGGAGGAGGAGAAGAAGAAAGAGAACAAGGAGGAGGUCAAGGAGAACGCCGCCGCCCCCGCCGCCGUGGAGGUGAAGGAGGUGUAAGUGGUGAAUAUUGGCUAAGAGUGUUGAAUUCACUCCAAGAAAGUGGGGAAACCUAUGAUCUUUAAUUUGUCUACUCUUGUUCUAUUUUAUCAAGUCAUUACAAUUAAUGUCAUCUUCAUUACACAAGAUCAUGUUUUUAGAUUCCCUAUUUGGUACUAAAUAGCCUCUCAUCUUCAAUAAAAAAGUCCAAAAUUUUUGGGCAAUUAUACCUCUAAGUUAUAUAUGUUUGGUUGGACAUUUUA